AUGGCUGAAUCGUCUAUGGUACAUCCAAGCACACCACCACCACCAAACCCUUUGAUGAAUAAUAUUGAUCAAUCUUUGCCGCAAUCAAACCCACCAUUAAUGGUGGCACCAUCAACGAACCCUGCAGGCUCAGUUCAUCAUCCCACCACGGCUGAACCAACCUAUUACAUACUAACGAACCCACCUAUACCAUUCCCAUACAUUAAUGGCCCCAGCGCCAGCGCCAGCGGCCCCAGCCUCACUUGUGAUCUAACUUUGGCUCAACCGCCCAAUCCACCACCAAACCACGACCCAGCCGACAAUGUGGUUCAACAACAAAUACAGCAACGAAUCUUUAUAAUGGCUGACCAACCACCACCAAUGAACCCCAUGAUUGGAGCGCCGCCGCCGCUGCCGCCAAGGGAGUACUCAAACCACGAUCCACAAGAAACCCAACAAACCCCAUCAAAAUCUCAAACCACAUGUCAAGAUUUGAUUUUCUUUUUGAGGACUAAUGAAGAAAUUGUUCAAGAUGCAUUCGAGUCAUUCGAAAUUGACGAAGAUGUUGUUGAAGUAAAUUCACUAGGAGAUGACUCGGUUUCUAUGGGGAAUAAGAAAAAGGGAAAGAAGCGUAGGAAGACCUCAGAUGUUUGGCAAUAUUAUGACAUCGUUCCUAAUACUGAUCCAAAUGACCCAGAGGUAUGGGCAAAAUGCAAGACGUGUGCUAAUAUGUAUAGGGCUCGAAGUUCAUAUGGAACUGGAAAUUUAAUAAAGCAUAGUAAAACUUGCGGGGGGAGAAGCAGUCGUGAUGUUGGGCAAAUGCUUUUAGCUGGAAAAGCAGGAUCUCUGGGGGUAAGUGACUCUAAAUUUGAUCCUAAAAAAUUUAGAGAAUUGUUGGUUGCGGCGGUUGUUAAGCAUGAUUUGCCAUUUUCUUUUGUUGAAUAUGAUGGUAUAAGAGCAGUACAUCAAUAUUUGCGUCCUGAUGUACCUUUUAUCUCCAGAAAUACUGGUAAAGCUGAUUUGGUUAAAAUGUAUUUGAGGGAGAAACAAAGGGUUAAAUCUAUGUUGAAUGAUUGUCCUGGGAGGAUUUGUUUAACAUCUGAUUUGUGGACGUCUUUGGCAACUAAUGGGUAUAUCUGUCUUACUGCACAUUUUAUUAACAAAGACUGGGUCUUAACCAAGAGGGUGUUAAAUUUUUCAUUUAUGCCCCCACCACACAAUGGUAUCUCUUUGUCUGAUGUUAUAUAUAACUUGCUACAAGAGUGGGGGAUUGAGAACAAGAUUUUCAGUAUAACAUUGGAUAAUGCUUCUUCUAAUGAUAGUUGUGUUGGGUUCUUAAAAGAGAAAUUGAACAUGAAAAAAGCCCUUCCUUGUGAUGGUGAUUUCUUUCAUAUGCGUUGUUGUGCUCACAUUCUGAAUUUGAUAGUGCAAGAUGGAUUGAAAGAGAUCAAUGAUGCUAUCCAAAAGGUUCGAGAUAGUGUCAAGUAUGUUAGGGGAUCACAAGUGCGGAAGCAAAGUUUUCUUCAAGCAGUGAAUCAAAUGUCAUUGGACAGUCAUAAAGGGUUAAAACAAGAUGUGCCAACUAGAUGGAAUUCUACAUAUUUGAUGCUUGAGAGUGCAGUUCACUAUAGGCGUGCUUUUAGUUAUUUGGAGAUGACUGAUAGGAACUAUAAGCAUUGUCCUACUGUAGUUGAGUGGGAAAAGGUUGAUAAUAUCAAAAGCUUCUUAGCUUGCUUUUACCAAGCUACAUGUGCUUUUUCUGGUACUAAGUAUCCCACUGCCAAUUUAUAUUUUCCUGUGAUUGCCAUGAUUUAUGUGAGCUUGAAGGAAGACGUUGUGAGUGAAGAUGAGCAUAAGAGUUUAAUGGCAAUUCAAAUGCUCUCUAAAUUUGAGAAGUAUUGGUUGGACUUCAGUGAAGUGUUGGCUGUUGCAGUUAUCUUAGAUCCUCGUUACAAGCUUCAUCUUGUAAAUUAUUACUAUACGAAGAUCUAUGGAGUUAUGAAUUCUCUACAGUAUGUGAAUGUUAGUAAUAAAGUAAAGAGCCUUUUUAUGGAGUAUAGUGCUUCUUCUAUACCUUCAAGUUCAAGCUCCAUAACUGUUCAACAGCCCCAAGUAACUCGAGCAACACUACCUUGGGAACAGGAAUAUUUGGCAUUUGGUGGAGUUGAUGUUAAUUCACAAAAGAGUCAAUUGGAAAUUUAUUUGGAGGAGCCUAGGUCUGUAGCUGUGAAUGAUUCAUUUGACAUCCUUUCAUUUUGGAAAGGAAAUGAAUUUCGAUAUCCUGAAGUAGCUGCAAUGGCUCGUGAUGUUUUGAGUAUUCCUGUUUCCACGGUUGCUUCAGAAUCCACUUUUAGUAUUGGUGGACGUGUGAUUGAUCAAAAUAGGAGCUCACUCAAGCCUGAUAUUGUUGAAGCAUUAAUUUGCAGUAGAGAUUGGUUGUAUGGAGAACAAGCACAAAUGAAGUUGGAUAGCAUAGAAGAGGAAAUUUUGACAACUGAUGUUAGUUCUUGUGACAUUCCAAAUUCUUCUGGAGCACAAUCUGCUAAUCUUUCUUAAAAUAUUAACCUUAUUUAGUUCAUAUUUUGUAAUGACUCUAAUGAUGAUGGUUCAUAGUCAUUGAAACUUUAUUUAGUUAUUUUGUUUAGAAUCUAAUGAUGAUGAACUAUGUUAACUAUUGUCUAUAUGUAAAGGAACUUGUAAUUUGUAAAAGUUCAGUAGUAUAAUAGUUUGAUGGAACUGUAAUGACUAAUGGGUUUUGUUAGGAUUUCUAGUGGGAGCAGCACUUUUAAUUUUCAUUACUGAUGUUUGUUAAGAAUGCUUAAAGUUCUGAAAUUAUUUGAGUAUUUGUUUGAA